AUGGCAGCACUCACUGCUGAUGCCGACUACGAUGCCGGCGAAACGUUUGAAAAUGUACCAAGUCCACUAUCUGCUGCUGGGAAUCAUGACAACUACUAUGGCAGACGACUUCGGAUUAGGUGCGUUCUACUAAGUCCCCCUGACAACAAGACCAAGUUGCGACAACGGGGUCAACCCACUUCUAUAAAUCGAAAGGAGACUGUGACCAUACCAAAGGCCACAACAUCUUGGUCUUCAUAUCUUCAAGAACCUAUACUUUACGAAAUAGCACAAAAAUAUGCCUAA